ACACCCCCCACCCCCAGUCCCUCCUCAGUCCCAACCCCCCUUGCUCCCCUCUCCCUCUCUCUCCUUAUCAUAUAUAUAUAUAUAUAUAUAUAUGCAAUUCCCAUAUCGUGAUCUUCAUUUCUCACUCGUCCCAUCCGUUUUUUUCAACUGGAAGUCGCCGGAAAAUUUGUAUUCCGACCGGAUAUCCAGUACUUCGCUGUCAGAGAAGCAUGCUGUCUCUCAAAGUUGCGUUAAUCUCGACGGGUGUUCUGUGCAUGGCUGUGAUGUUUAAACUCUCCGCUCCGGCCGUUGCGGAGUUCUCGUUAUCUGACGUAACUGCAAUCUGGAGCUCUCUGAUCGCGUGGCUGAGGCCUCCGUAUCUUUACGUUGUUAUAAACUGCAUCAUCUUAACUCUCGUGGCGUCUUCCAAGCUUCAGCAGAAGAAACAGUACAAGUCGCCGCCGGAGACGGUGGUCCAGGGGGGGCCUGUCAGCGUUUCUGCCGACUAUGGUGCUGUGUACGAUGGCGUCGUUCAGCUGAACGAACAGCCGGAGAUUGCGUAUGGAUACGGCGCGAUUGCAGCGAGAGGUUCCGAGUACAAAUCGCUGCCGGAGACUGUGGUCCAGGCUGAGCCUGUCAAGGUUUCUUCGGAUUACGGUGUUUACGGCGGUGCCGUUCCGGUGGACGACCAGCCGGAGAUCUCGUAUGGCUACGACGCGAUUGCAGCGAGAGGUCUCGAGUACAAAUCACCGCCGGAGACAGUGGUCCAGGAGGCACCUGUCAACUUUUCUGCCAAUUACGGUGUUGUGUAUGGCGGCGUCGUUCCGGUGGACAACCAGCCGGAGAUUGUGGACGGUUACCGCGCGGUUGCAGCAAGAGACUUCGACAUUGAUGCGGACGUGCACGUAGAUGCUCAAGUUCCGGAGAUUGAGAUCAAAACGAUAACGUUGUCUACACCUUUUCCGGAGGAUGAAUCGGAGAUGGCGAAGCCGUCGAGUACUCCACAGCGGAAUUCGCAGGAAUAUUCGCUCUCGCCGGCCGAGAGACCGCCGGUGUCUGCUAGAUUUGGGCAUCGAAGAACCGUGAAAUCCACACCCGAAGGUGGUGGUAAGACGUUGCGAGUGUCGAAGCCGAAGCGGCAGGAGACGCUGGAGAGCACGUGGAAGACGAUAACGGAGGGCCGUCACAUGCCGUUAACGAGGCACCUUAGGAAGUCGGACACGUGGGAAACGCAUGGCCGUGGGGGCCACCACCUACAACCGCAGGACUAUUGCAUGACUAAAUCCCAGACCUUCGAUGCGCCUGCCGGCUCCGCCGCGAGCCCUCCGUUUGCGGCGUCCGGGGGGAAGCUGAGGAGAGAGCCGUCGUUGUCGGGGAAACUCAGGAGGGAUCCCUCGCCGAGUCAGGACGAGUUGAACAGGCGGGUGGAAGCUUUCAUCAAGAAGUUCAACGAGGACAUAAGAUUGCAAAGGCAGGAAUCUCUGAAUCAGUACAUGGAGAUGAUCAGUCGUGGGGCUCAUUAGAGAUGACUUCACUAGUGAAAGUACUACGUGCUGUAAUAUUUAUUAACUAAUUAAACUUCUAGGAAAUAUCAGUUGUGCUUUCCCUUACAGUUGCAGUUGAUAGAAAAUGGGGAACUCUAUCUGGAUAAACAAGAUUUGGUUA